GAGACGACUGCUGAUGUGCCUGAUCACUGUGAACACAACACAUCUCGUACAAUAUAGUUAUUUAGAGCGCAUUGUGUGUACUGGAGUACCUUCGGAUAUUUUAGAUAUAGAACACUUCAUUAAUUAAACUUGAAAAUCAGCUGGACUUCUGUAUUCGAACAGAAAAGCGAGUGUAUGUGUUCAGGCGCGCCUCUUGUAGCUGUUCUGGGUCCUUGCUUUGAACAGUUUCCAUCAUGGCGGCGUCCAGCAGAGAGCAUGUGCUGUCCCUCUACAGACUGCUUCUGAAGGAGAGCGAGAAGUUCCCCUCUUAUAAUUACAGGACGUAUGCUCUACGAAGGGUACGAGAUGCCUUCAGGGAGAACCGGACAGUGGAAGAUCCGGAAGUUGUGAAGGAGCUGCUGAACAGGGCCCGGGACAGUUUGGCCCUCAUCCAAAGACAGGUGUGCGUAGGGAAGAUGUAUGAGAUCCAGAAGACGGUUGUUGAACAGGAGGAAGAGAAGAGCGCCUGAUGUGGUGUGGGAGCGGCGCUCAGGUGUUCUCUGGCUGUACAGGACUGUUGCGGGUCUUCUGUCUGUCGUCAUGUUUCCUCUUCAAGCAUCUGCAUCAGGCCGGUCAUGAUGGGUCGAUCCCACAUCCACUCCUGUUUACACGGUCGUUUAAGAUUCUGUGUUCAUGAACUGAUAUAUAAUUGUACAUACUGUAGUAUUUUUCAUGCUUUGGUGGUUAAUGUUACAAUAAAUUCAUGUCAUUUCCAUUUCUUUGUGUGGGUUAUCUGUAAAUGACCGAUUUCAUUGAUCUGUUCCUAAGGGUUGGUUUCACAAAGGGUCACAAGGCCGGGCGGUUAAAAAUAGCUUAUUCUGUUCGUUUUCAGCCAGCGGUGGCCUAGUAAAAGGUGAUAAUCAAUACAGUGUUAAAGAGAAUUAAAAUAAGACUAUUUUAUUUGGACAUUUAUUGUAUUGUGAUAUUA